GCAAAUCGAAAAGAGCAGUUGUGUUUGGUUUGCGGAGCUGCCAAGAGCGGGAAGCGAACGCGGACGAUGAAUAAAAUAUGUGGAAUACUCUGUGUACUGGGCCUGGGCCUGCUGCUCAUUUGUGCAGUGCCCGGUAGGGGACAGUCCACGGAAAAUACCACCGAGGUGACCCCGACGACAACCACUUCAGCAUCCACAACGACAACCACUGCUGCUCCACCCAAACUCCUGGUCGCUAUCCACUAUGAAGCCCUAUGUCCCGACAGCAUGUACUUUAUCCGUCGCCGACUGCGCGAUGCUCUGCAGGAUAACAACUGGUGGCCCAUCACGGAUCUCAAGCUAUAUCCUUUCGGCAAGGCAGGGUUCUACAACGACACAUCCACGGGUGAGAUGCAGGUAUUCUGCCAGCAUGGAGAGGAGGAGUGCGAGCUGAAUGCCCUUCAUGCCUGCAUUAUCGAGACCCAGGACCUCCAGAACGCCUUUGGGCUGAUCUACUGCAUGCUGCGCUCCUAUGGCAACCAACUUGACAAGUGCUCCAACCACCUGGGUCUGGACGUGAGCAAGGCAAGGCAAUGCAAGGACUCGCGCAAGACCCCCGAGAUCUUGGCGCCCUACGGCAAAGAGACCCUGAAAUUGGGCCUUUCCUUUGUGCCCAGCAUUGUGUUCGAAAAUGACUUUGAUCCUUACAGCCAGAGCAGUAUUCGCUACAAUUUUGAGUCGCACUUUUGCAAGCAAUACUUGAAAAAGUUCAAUAUCAAACUACCCACUUGUACCUAAUUUUAUAAAAAAAAAAAACAUAUAUGAUGAGUAAUGUUUUUUAAUGUGCAAAAACUAAUAAAUUAUAAUUACACUCUGCA